UUGGGCCUCUUGGAAGGGAUGUUGAGACUGGGACUGGAUCCGGGGCCUUCUGCCAUCUUGAUUUCUCUCGAACGUCUUCACGGACUGGAGUUUUUAUCUGUCUUGGCUGCAACUUGGUGUUGGAUAUCAGAUGGACAACUCUAUGAUGUGGCAUGUCCUGGUGUAAACAGCCAGCUGCAAUGCCCUGAAGAACACGUGAUUGAAGUGCUGUCAGUGCAGCAUGGUGCGAAGAGCUCUGCUGACUGCACUGCCAGAAGCCAGCCUGCCGUGGUCUCAGACGAGAAGUGCAUACACAAAGACAUGAUAGGAUGGAUCAAGUUCAUCUGUGACAAACUGGAACAAUGCCGACUGCCCAAGCCCAAUAGGCAGAUGUUUGUGUGCGACUAUUCAGAAGAUACCUUCGUUCAGAUCACCUACAACUGUAACAAGAAAAGUGCUGAUGUGCGUACCACUGUUGUAUGUGAAGAUCAAGCUGGAGUGCUAGAGUGUGAAACAGGAGUCCUUAACAUCGUGAGGGCCAAUUUCGGGCGUUUGGACAUGAACACCUGCACCGACACUCCUUCGGACAUGACCUUCUGUGCAAGUCCCACAGCUGCGGGGAGAUUGAAAACAUUGUGUGUAUUGUGUGAGGGCAAACAAUCAUGCGACGGUAACGCCACCUCUGCCAAUCUGGGAGAACCUGCUCAGUGCGAUGAUCUUCCCAAGUAUCUGACUGUGGAUUAUGUUUGUCAGUGAUUGGAGAUUUGCGUCUGACAACAGUGUCCCAGGGAGGAGCGGUGACGUCCUAAUUGAUUUCAUCUAGGGCUGCGACUAACUAAUUGUUUUCAUGACUAUUGUUUCGAUUAAUCGAUUGGUUGUCUGGUCUAUAAAAUGUAGGAAAAUGGUGAAAAAAUUCAAUCCGUGUUUCCCCAAAGUCCAGUGUACGUCCUCCGGCCUUGUUUUGUCCACAACUCUAAAGAUAUUCAGUUGACUUGUCAUAGAGGAGAGAAGAAACUAGAAAAUAUUCAUAUUUGAGAAGCUGGAAUCAGAGAAUUUGUACUUUUUUAACAUAAAGAUGACUCAAACCGAACUAAUCAAUUAUCAAAAUAUUUGGCGAUUCAUUUGAUAGUCGACAACUAAUCGAUUCAUCCUUGCAGCUCUAAUUUCAUCCAAUGUAUCCAUUGGUUUUAUCCAAACGCAUAUAAAAAAACAAUGUGAUGAGAUGAAUUAUUAAAAGGGUACUGCUAAAGAUUGUGUUUUGGUCUUUUUUUUGUCACA